CAGCGGGCCAGCAAUCCCCAACCUCCGCUCUCGACGACCACCUCAGCCCGACACACGCCCUCCGCCGCACCUGGCCGCCUGUACGCUGCCCUGCCUCUCUCUCUGACCUGCCCAUGAACGGCGAUGCUGGUUUCGAUCCGUCUAGCAAGCCCCUGCCGCCCCCGGCAGCCCACGAGAAAUUGCCUUCUCUGCCACCGCGCGACUCGGGCGCAGAGUGGGCCCCACCCCCGCCUCCAGACAAGGAUGUAUCGCCCAGAUCACCUGGUGUGAAGCUGUCGCGCUCGCAAGUCGAUUUAUCUCAAUCUGUCAAUGCGGAGCCUGCCACGCCAUCCACUCCGAGCAAGGGUGCCCAGUUUGCGACCGUACCGCCAUCUCCGGGAGGUGAUGCUAGAGGGAAGAAGGUCAACCCGCUUACGGACUUGAUCGAGACAGAGAAGGAAUAUGUAGACCGGCUUGCGGGGAUCAUCCGCAAAGUUGCGGGUGCAUGGUCCCGUUCAAAUCUGCCUCCGCCAGACCUGGAUACCAUGUUCAGGAGCAUUGAGAGCAUAUACAAGGCAAACAGGUCGUUGGUCUCGAAAUUGAAAGAUAUUGGCGCGAACCCCUCGUCACCGAAGGCCCUUGGUGAUCUGCUGAUGCGAUGGGUCGACGACCUCGAAACGCCAUACACUGCCUACUGCACGAAAUACGUCAAAGGCUUCGACACAUGGGAGCCCGUCCAGAGCAACGACCGCCUACGCACAACCCUCGCUAUCUACUCUGCAUCGAACCCUCCUCCGCUACCCCCAUCAUCCCCGUUGCACCCCUCCGAACCGCCACUAUGGACACUCGACCAAUUGUUCCUUCUACCGAAGGAACGGCUCAAUUACUACCGCAAGCUCUACUCACGCCUCUUGAAGGGUACAUCACCAGGACGGAGUGACCACCGACUUCUCUCAUCUGCUAUGGACAAGCUCGGGAGGCUACUGAAUACCCUAGACGACCGCCUACCCAUGGAUGUAGCUUCCGUGUCGACAUACGUUAGCCCACCCCCAGCUCAAGAAACUGAGGACGAGGUCGUCAUUGACAUGCGUGGUCGGAAGAGCUUGGUACCGCACGGCACGCCUGUAGUGGCUGAUGUCCCCCCACUUCCAACUCCUGGCAGCUCCGGACGCCCCGAACCGUCGAACUCAGUCUCUUCUAGCCAGACACCUCCGCGUCCAGAACCCUCAACGGUGGCCGCAUUGGAGCGACGUCUCUCCGCUGAACGCACACUCGACAUCUUCACGAUGCAGCCUAGGCAAAUACGCCUGCAGCUGUCGCCUCCUACGCUACACUACACUAGAGAAUUGCGGUUUUCUGUAGACGUGACGAUGCGGUUCACACCGCGAAGCACCGGGACGGAAAUGGUGCAUGAACUCGGUCACGUCUUCAUCCUCACCGAUCUCCUCGUGCUUGCGGAGCGGAUGAAGCCACGGGAACGCGCACAGUACGGGCCAGAUGGCCCGGACAUGUGGUUGGUGUAUCCUCCUUUGGCUGGCAAGUACCUGCGCGUGUCCCCUGUCGGCGACUCAGAAACUGCAUUGUCGGUCUCCAUCUUAAGGAAGGAGAAUAUGACCCUGCACACUUCGACUCCUGCACUUCGUGACAGGCUGUACUCGGAAUUCGCAGAAUGCAUUGAUGCUGCAGCUAGUCUGUCGUCGUCCGCAAAGAGCCCGCCGGCGCCAGGACCGCCAGCGCUUCCGACAGACGGUUCACGACCUCCAUCGGGCCCACACUCACCCAUCAGUCGGCCUCCGUCAGGGCCUCAGGGCUCCAGCCGACCACCCUCCGCAGGGGUGCCUUCCGAGCGGUUUAGUGGUAGUAUGAGCCCGUCUAGUGUUAGAACGCCUCAUAGUGGCCCAGCAUCACUACCAGGCGGUAGUCCUCCUGUGCGGUCGAGUUCGUCAUCAGGAGACGUUCCGCCGAUGGAGCAUAUGGUAAGACUAGCACUGGGCGAUCCGCCUGCACACCGCCCAGCAGAACACCAACAGCCCGCGCCUUCGUACCCGUCUCGUACCACGUCGAUGUCGUCGUGGACUUCCAAUGAUGGAACGGGGUCCGGCGGACUCUCGCGACAACCUUCCUUCAACGUCGGCCAGGUUAUGCCCUCACAGCUCGGUGGCCAGCAGCCUCCCAUGCCGUCGUUCCGGCCAGGUCAAGCCAUGCCCCCACAAGGACCGCCGAUGCAUCCUGGGCCGCAGGGUCCUGGGGGACCUCCGCAAGGAUUCGGACCAGGACAGGUCAUGCCGCCGAUGGGCGGUCGUCCUCCUGCCGGCUUACCCCAGUCGCCAUAUGGUCCGGGACGUGGUGGUAUGCCUCCUCCAGGUGGUCCUCCAUCCCAGUUUGGUCAACAAAUGCCACCUGGACCAGGGCGGGGCAUGCCGCCGCCCGGUCCUGGCAUGGGUGGUCCGCAGGGAUUCAUGGGACCUGGUCCUCAACGCGGACCAUCGCUACUGCGCUCAGCCUCCAGUGAUCCUCCAUAUCGGAAUCCAGCGCCCAUGGGCAUGCCCCCAGGUGCGGACCAGGGUCCCAACCCGCCGUUCGCACAGCCCCAGUACCGCGCGCCGUCGGAUCCCUCCUUCCAGGGCGGCCUGCGGAAGUCGACAUCGUCGCGCUCCCUCCGACCACAGUACGAGAUGAUGUCCACGGCGUCGGCGCCGCCUAUGCCGCAGUAUCCCGGAGACCUGCCAUCGCCGAACCGACCGUUCGGACAACGCAAUGGCUCCACGCCGUCACUCUACUCGCUGCCGUCACAGCCUACUGGUCCGCCUCAACCGCCCUUACUGCCUUCGGAACAGUUGAGGCUGGCAAAGCUUCAGUCGCAAGCUCAGUACGAGGAACCCAGUCCCCCGGCCUCCCCGGUGUUAGCGGAGGCUCCUCAAGCACUAGGGCCGACCAGUACUAGCGUCACCGCUCAGAUGAAGUGCAAGGUCUUCUUGCAACAGCAGCACGCGCAGUGGAAAUCGCUGGGCACCGCCAAGCUCAAGCUGUACCGCGAGUCACCAACAAACGUGAAACAGUUGGUCGUGGAGGCCGAAGACAAGAACAAAUCUGUGCUCAUCUCGACCAUUGUGCUUGUGGACGGCGUUGAACGCGUUGGGAAGACGGGCGUGGCGGUGGAGCUCAGCGAUCGAGGACGGCGCUCGGGGAUGAUCUACAUGCUCCAGCUGCGCAACGAAAAAUCCGCUGGUGGACUCUUCGACAGUCUGAUAGCAGGAUCGGAUCGCUCGGCUGGGUAGGCUUGAACUCACUCAAUUAGGGUUACUAGUACUUAGGGUAAUUCUUCGGCGACUGUUCAUAUCUCACUCAUAGACUGGAGGGUUACACAGUGACUACAGCGUCCUUUCCCUGAGUACUGUCACAUCACCACAUGCAUGUAUCCUACUGUAGCCACGAUGUAGUUUGCGUAUCUCAUCUGUCGCG